AUGCUGGGCCUGCUGGCUCUCCUCCUGCCCUGCCUCCCACUGGCCUUGGGGGACUACGACAUCUGCAAGUCCUGGGUGACCUCGGAGGAGGGCCCCACCUGGGAGUUCUACGCCUGCCAGCCCAAGGUGAUGCGCCUGAAGGACUAUGUCAAGGUGAAGGUGGAGCCCUCGGGCAUCACGUGCGGGGACCCCCCUGAGAGAUUCUGCUCCCACGAGAACCCCUACCUGUGCAGCAACGAGUGCGACGCCUCCAACCCGGACCUGGCCCACCCGCCCUGGCUCAUGUUCGACAGGGAGGACGAGGGGCUGGCCACGUACUGGCAGAGCGUCACCUGGAGCCGCUACCCGAGCCCGCUGGAAGCCAACAUCACCCUGUCGUGGAACAAGAGCGUGGAGCUGACAGACGACGUGGUGGUGACCUUCGAGUACGGCCGGCCCACCGUCAUGGUGCUCGAGAAGUCCCUGGACAACGGGCGCACGUGGCAGCCCUACCAGUUCUACGCGGAGGACUGCGUGGAGGCCUUCGGCAUGCCCGCCCGCCGCGCCCGCGACCUGCCGGCCUCCGGCGCCCACCGCGUGCUGUGCACCGAGGAGUACUCGCGCUGGGCGGGCUCCAAGAAGGAGAAGCACGUGCGCUUCGAGGUGCGGGACCGCUUCGCCAUCUUUGCCGGCCCCGACCUGCGCAACAUGGACAACCUGUACACGCGGCUGGAGAGCGCCAAGGGCCUCAAGGACUUUUUCACCCUCACCGACCUGCGCAUGCGGCUGCUGCGCCCGGCGCUGGGGGGCACCUACGUGCAGCGGGAGAACCUCUACAAGUACUUCUACGCCAUCUCCAACAUCGAGGUCAUCGGCAGGUGCAAGUGCAACCUGCACGCCAGCCUGUGCUCUGUGCGCGAGGGCAGCCUGCAGUGCGAGUGUGAGCACAACACCACGGGCCCCGACUGCGGCAGGUGCCGGAAGAACUUCCGCACGCGGUCCUGGCGGGCCGGCUCCUACCUGCCGCUGCCCCACGGCUCUCCCAACGCCUGUGCUGCUGCAGGCUCCGCCGUUGGCAACUGCGAGUGCUACGGCCACUCCAACCGCUGCAGCUACAUCGACUUCCUGAACGUGGUGACCUGCGUCAGCUGCAAACACAACACGCGAGGCCAGCACUGCCAGCACUGCCGUCUGGGCUUCUACCGCAACGGCUCCGCCGAGCUGGACGACGAGAACGUGUGCAUCGAGUGCAACUGCAACCAAAUCGGCUCCGUGCACGAUCGGUGCAACGAGACCGGCUUCUGCGAGUGCCGGGAGGGCGCCGCGGGACCCAAGUGCGAUGACUGCCUCCCCACACACUACUGGCGCCAGGGCUGUUACCCCAACGUGUGCGACGACGACCAGCUGCUCUGCCAGAACGGCGGCACCUGCGUGCAGAACCAGCGCUGCGCCUGCCCGCGCGGCUACACCGGCGUGCUUUGCGAGCAGGCCCGCUGCGACCCCGCCGAUGACGACGGAGGCCUGGACUGCGACCGCGCACCCGGGGCCGCGCCGCGCCCCGCCACCCUGCUCGGCUGCCUGCUGCUGCUGGGUCUGGCCGCCCGCCUGGGCUGCUGA